AUGGAGGAGCAACCCGGCGCCCUGGAGGAGCCGCGGGUCGCUGCGCGGCCGGAGCCGCUGGACGAGGAGGAGGAGGAGGAGGCGCUGCCGCACUCCGAGGCGGUGGACGUGUUCCAGCAGGGCCUGGCCAUGGUUGUGCAGGACCCGCUGCUCUGCGACCGUCCGAUCCAGGUUACUUUAGAAGAGGUUAAUUCCCAAAUAGCAUUAGAAUACGGCCAAGCAAUGACAGUCCGAGUGUGCAAGACGGAUGGAGAAGUUAUGCCUGUGGUUGUGGUCCAGAAUGCCACAGUCCUGGACCUGAAGAAGGCCAUCCAGAGAUACGCGCAGCUCAGGCAGGAGCGCGAGGGAGGCAUUCAGCACAUCAGCUGGUCCUACGUGUGGAGGACAUACCACUUGACCUCCGUGGGAGAGAAGCUCACAGAAGACCGGAAGAAACUCCGAGAUUAUGGUAUCCGGAAUCGGGAUGAGGUGUCUUUCAUCAAAAAGCUGAGACAGAAAUGAAUCUCCAGACUUGGACAGCUCUGUGUGUGGGCGGCUGAGCUCUUCCCUGGCAGAAGGAAGCCUUGGGCCACUGUGCCCUGUCCCAGACGGGUGGGAGAGAGCCUGACCCCAGCUGGACUCGCUGGACUCUCAAGUGAACCCUGAUCCCAGGGCUAUGGGCCUGGCCCUGUGUACAGAAUAAACCCUGUUUGCUUUGAAAAACAACAACAACAACAAAAAAGACUAGGAGGAAAUGCAUUAAGGUAUUGAUGGCGACUUCUUAGGGUGUGGGGUUAUAAAGAGUGGUUAAGAGAGAUGACACAAACAGUUCUCGAAUUAAAAC